AUGUAUUUACAUAUUAGAAGUCGACAGAAGACACAUCUUCAUCUAUAUCAUCGUCAUCAUCGUCGCAAAUCUCUUCAUCCUGAAGUAGGAACUCUACUUCUUCCUCUACAUAUUUAUCUGCUGCUUUGGAAACUUCUUCAUGUUGCAAAACAUGAGCGAAAACGCUGGUGGCAAGCUGUUCGUCGACGGCAGCUAGAUACUCGAGCGCAAGGUCGUGGACAUCGUUAA